AGCCGACCCCGAGUAUAGCCCCUGUCCAGACAGUUUUGCGCUACUUACGACCAGUUAGCCCCUGCUGUAACCCUCUGUCGUUUCCUCAUUCUUCGGAAAAAACUGGGGAUGGAUCCAGAUGCAGAAGGUCGACGGCUAUCACAGAACAGAUUAAAACUAUUCAACUCUGAUCGAAGAUCACUCGAACAUAUUUCGUAUUUUGACGUCUAACCAUCACCUGCAUCAGUGCAUCGCAAUGCUUACCGAGAAGGAAAUUGAUUUCAGAGUCCCCAAUCACCGCCUGUAUACCGGCUCCUCGGAUCUUCCAUUCGGGUGGAGCUGCGCCUGGCACAGUUUUUGCGGUCGCUAUAACCUCUAUCCUUGCGUACGAGGACGUAUUGACUCCAACCUCAUCCUCGAAGCCCUAUUCAACGUCCAUGGCGAUAUAUUCUUCGUCAUGUACAAGAGCAGGACAUUCUUAACCGUCAUCAGAACUGGCGAAGACCCCACCCAGUACUACUUUUUCAACCUCUACACGGAGAGGCUCAUCAAGCUUACCGAACACUAUCCUACAGUUGAGGCGUUCAUGGAGCGGGCGAGAUUGUGGGAGGGAGGUGAUGCGCAGAUUAAUUCAGUGACUCCAUUUCAGGUUCUAGAAAUUACCCCAGGUCCGAGAGACAUCAGCGAUUUGAGCAUAGAGUGGCAGGCGGAUGUGCGAGCCUUGGCGUAGGCUGCAGGUUGGCUUUAUUCCAAAGCUUUUCCCAGAGACGCACACAGUAUGAAACUCGAAAACUACUACGAGUAGCAGAGAUGGGCAUGAGAGACAAAGGAGGCGGUAAUCGUACCUCCAGCAAAUGGUUAGUCACAGAGUGU